AUGGUAACUCAGAUGUGUGGUCAAACAAUUAGAAUUGUAAAAUGUAGUCCAGAGCUGUCGAUGGAUGAUAUGCUGGAGAAGAUGAAGGAACUGGAAAGAGCAGGGAGGCGCCGAUGGGAGUCUUCGAGGGCCACGCAGUCUCCCGAGGAGAUGCCCGUCUUCGACACUACCCUCGUCACCAACGUAACUGCUCAGCUCGGAGCGACCGCUUUCCUACGUUGCAGGGUGAAGAAUCUCAAGAACAGGGCGGUCUCUUGGGUCCGCAAGCGAGAUUGGCACAUCCUCACAUCCGCCAUGUUCACUUACACAAACGACGAACGGUUCCAGGUCCUCCACACAGAGGGCUCUGACGACUGGACACUUCAGAUCAAGUACGUCCAGAAGAGAGAUGACGGAGCUUACGAAUGUCAGAGUGGUUUUAGAACCGCAGGAGUUGGAAACAGAGCGAGUGCGAGGGCUUUUAAAGGAAGAAAAAUGAGACAGAAGAGAGCGCUUAAAAACCCGCACCUUCCUUAA